AUGAGCGACUCCGCCUCCGUCUAUGAGCCCGACGACGACGCCGAGUCCGAGUCCGAUUUCGAGCCAGCCCGUCCAUCCAGGGGCCGCUCUCUGGCCCCAACUCGAGAGCGAACAGAAUCCACACGUCACAAUGAUCGCGCAGUCUCAGCGGCUAAUGGGGUCGGACAGGAACUCGGCCAUGCCCUUAUGGCACGCACCCCGCCGAUGCGUGGACCGCUUACAUUUGUCCGAGCUUACAGACACCUCCUGGCGGAAAGCGAGGAGGCUGUUGAGUAUGCAACGCUGAAGGAUCCUGACAAUGUAUACAAAGUCAGUCAACAUGGCUCAGUGGUCUGGACGUCUACGGAGAAACAACUCUUUUUCAGUGUGCUAGAGCGGAAAGGCAAGGGGGGCAUUAAGGAACUUGUUGCUGCCAUUGGGACCAAGUCCGAGCUCGAGGUUAUAGAAUAUAUCAGAUUUUUGCACAAGGCGCUCGAGGCCCAGUGUCUUUCCGACAAGCAUGUGGAACGCAUGCCUGUCUUGAGCGAUAUCCCGGCGGCCAUGGAGCUCAGCCAGGAAUGUUGCGAUCUACUUGAGGAUUACGGGGAUAUUCUUGUGUUUCAAGACUCUCUGCUCCAAACGAAAGCCGGAACGAAGAAACACGGGGAUAACUGGAUUGUCACGAGUGCUCAUGCCCAGCGUUUGGUCGAUGCGGAAGACACCGCUCGAGGUGAUCUCCGUCUCGCGGCUGGGCUGCUCAAUCUGCCAGAAUGGAUCCGGCUUUCGCAGACCUUGCUUAUGAACUUCGGUGGCUCGAAAGCGGACGAUAAUUGGUGGAGGCUUGCUACACAAGGAGACAAGAUCACUGCGGAGGGUCACACUGCCUCCAUGACUGCGGAGGGCGCUGUGGACUUCUAUUCCCUCGCUGUUAGUAUCACGCGUCGUUUGGUGCAAUCGUCUAUCUUCUUUUCAAUGUCCCGAGUCCGCAGCGCAAGUCGCACAGGCCGCGAUAGAAAACGCCAUGUGCGAACACAAGACGUACGGGCCGCGAUCGAAGUGCUGAACAUGAAGCAUCGACGGCCAAACUUCGUUGAUAUCGCCCGUCGCAAUGAAAUCGUAAUCGAAGACAUUCUCAACCGCAAAGGCUGGGUGUCAACGGUAUUCAGCUACGACGAAGCCGAGGAAAUCAUCGACAAAAACGAGUGGUUCCGGUACCGCAAAGAUGGAACCAUAUCCAGGAAGAAACGCGGUGAAGAAGUCAGCGAUGACGACGACGCCGAGGACGACGAAGAAAUGGAAGACGACCAGCAUGCAGAGCCGGAAUCAGAACCAGAACCAGAAUCCGAAGUCGAGCCAGAACCACUCUCAGAAGUGGAGGAGGAGGAGGAUGAUGAGGACGACGACGAUUCGUUGCCCACGCGAGAAUCCUCUGAACUAUCGUCCCCAGUCGGAUCGUCGGACGAGCUGGGAAUGGAGAUGGAUCCUGAAGAAGAGCAGGCGGAUAUCGCCGACCAAAACAUCAGCCGGAGCCACGAAGCCAAUCUCCGACGCCUGAUGGAUCAGCCGUUACCUUCUAUCCUCAAUGAAAUCACGAAGGCGGAAGAUACCGAAACCGAGAACAAACCACAACUCGAGCGCAGGACUCGACAAGAUAUCUCGAACUGGCGAGAUCGGACUCUCUACCGCAGCGAGUGGGAGGAGUAUGGAUACGAUUUCGCCGAUCUGAAGGACGAACUGGAAAUGCCUCCACCCAAAAGGCCCAGACUCGACGAACCGACGCCAGCUUCUGUUGCAGCCCCGGGCGAGGACCCAGUUGAUAACAAAAACGACCGGCCUGAACCGCAGCAAGCGACGAAAGGAGACGAAAAAGAUCAAGGUCCAUCUGGUGGACAGUCUUGGGUAGAAUACUACAUGACACAGUUUGGAAAGCCAGGCAACACACAAUAG